ACUGAGGGCGACAAACGACGUGAGAAGCUGGCGGGGAUUGGCUGAGCUGCUGUCACCGACCGCUUCCUGCAGGGUCAGGGGUGGGAGGCCGGAGCUUGUAGGUAGAGGCACAUCUUCAGCUCCUGUGAAUGGGCUCAGCAUCAGAGAGGAAGAGCUGGGAAUCUCCACUCUUUACCCACAAUGUCUGGGAUCGGCAACAAGCGGGCGGUGGCAGAGCCUGGCCCCUCUGGGCCCCCAGAGAAAAAGGCAGGGGUCGAAGACUCAGGAACUACAGUGGAGACCAUUAAGUUAGGAGGUGUUUCCUCAACGGAGGAGCUGGACAUCCGAACACUGCAGACUAAGAACCGAAAGCUGGCGGAGAUGUUGGACCAGCGGCAGGCCAUCGAGGAUGAGCUGCGUGAGCAUAUUGAGAAGCUGGAGCGGCGGCAGGCCACCGAUGAUGCCUCUCUGCUGAUUGUGAACCGCUACUGGAGUCAGUUUGAUGAAAAUAUCCGCAUCAUUCUUAAACGCUAUGACCUGGAGCAAGGUCUUGGAGACCUUCUGUCUGAAAGAAAAGCCCUGGUGGUGCCAGAACCAGAACCAGACUCAGACAGCAAUCAGGAACGUAAGGAUGAGAGGGAGCGAGGGGAAGGGCUGGAGCCAGCAUUCUCCUUCCUGGCUACCCUGGCCAGCAGUACCAGUGAGGAGAUGGAGUCUCAGCUGCAGGAGCGUGUGGAGUCCUCCCGCCGAGCUGUCGCCCAAAUUGUGACAAAGUAUGACAAGCUUCAGGAGAAAAUGGACAUGCUGUCUCACAGGCUAAAUAGUGGAGAUGCGUCACUGGUGGAUGAAGCGGUCCAGGAACUAAAUUCCUACCUUGCACAUGAAAAUGGGCGGCUGCAGGAACUGGCUGAUCUACUCCAGGAAAAGCACCGAAUCAUGUCUCAAGAGUUCUCCAAGUUGCAAGAGAAAGUAGAGAUGGCAGAGUCGCGGGUGUGCGUGCUGGAGACCAUGAUCGAUGACCUUCAGUGGGAUAUUGACAAGAUCCGCAAGAGAGAGCAGCGGCUCAACCGACACCUGGCCGAUGUGCUGGAACGGGUGAAUUCAAAAGGUUACAAGGUAUAUGGAGCUGGGAGCAGCCUCUACGGGGGUACGAUCACCAUCAAUGCUCGCAAGUUUGAGGAAAUGAACGCUGAGCUGGAGGAGAACAAGGAGCUGGCUGGGAACCGCCUAAGUGAGCUGGAAAAGUUACGCCAGGAUCUCGAAGAGGUGACGGCACAGAAUGAUAAACUGAAGGUGGAGUUGCGGAGGGCGGUGGAAGAGGUUGUGAAGGAGACUCCUGAGUACCGCUGCAUGCAGUCCCAGUUCUCGGUCCUGUAUAAUGAAAGUCUUCAGCUGAAGGCACAUCUGGAUGAGGCACGCACUCUGCUUCACGGCACUCGCAGCACACACCAGCGCCAGGUGGAACUCAUUGAGCGGGAUGAGGUCAGCCUCCACAAGAAGCUGCGCACAGAGGUGAUCCAGCUGGAGGACACUCUGGCACAGGUCCGCAAGGAGUAUGAGAUGCUGAGGAUAGAGUUUGAACAGACACUUGCUGCCAAUGAACAAGCAGGUCCAAUAAAUCGGGAGAUGCGUCACCUCAUCAGCAGCCUCCAGAAUCAUAACCACCAGCUGAAGGGGGAGGUGCUGAGGUACAAGCGCAAGCUGAGGGAGGCCCAGUCUGACCUGAGCAAGACUCGCUCCCGCAGUGGGAGUGCCCUCCUGCAGUCCCAGUCCAGCAUUGACGAGAUCAAGGAGGAACCACCGGAGGUCAAACAGGAGCCUGAUGAUUCCUCUGCCCAGGCGUCUGUGCCCAAGGCUGCCCCCGAGGAUGCCAGUGAUGCCAAGGCCAAGCGAGAUGAAGAGGAGAGGGAGCGCGAGAGGCGGGAGAAGGAGAGGGAGCGUGAGAAGGAGAAAGAGAAGGAGAGAGAGCGGGAAAAGGAGAAGGAAAAAGAACGGGAGCGGGAGAAGCAGAAGCAGAAGGAGUCUGAGAAGGAGAGAGAGUCCACCAAGGAGAAAGGGAAGCAUGAGGAUGGGAGGAAGAAAGAAGCUGAAGUGAUCAAGCAGCUGAAGGCUGAUCUCAAGAAAGCCCAGGAGAGCCAGAAGGAAAUGAAGUUGCUGUUAGACAUGUACCGCUCAGCCCCAAAGGAGCAGAGAGACAAAGUGCAGCUCAUGGCAGCUGAGAAGAAGGCCAAAGCUGAGCUGGAUGAGCUGAGGCAGAGGGUGAAGGACCUGGAGGACAAAGAGAAAAAAGAAAGUAAAAAAAUGGCAGAUGAGGAUGCCCUACGCAAGAUCCGGGCAGUGGAGGAGCAGAUCGAGUAUCUGCAGAAGAAAUUAGCCAUGGCCAAGCAGGAGGAAGAGGCCCUGCUUUCAGAAAUGGAUGUCACUGGACAAGCCUUUGAGGAUAUGCAAGAGCAGAACAUUCGCCUUAUGCAGCAGUUGCGGGAGAAGGAUGAUGCCAACUUCAAGCUGAUGUCAGAACGCAUCAAGUCAAACCAGAUCCAUAAACUACUGAAGGAGGAGAAGGAGGAGCUGGCAGACCAGGUCCUGACCCUGAAGACGCAGGUGGAUGCUCAGUUACAGGUUGUGCGGAAGCUGGAGGAAAAGGAACACCUGCUACAGAGCAAUAUAGGCACUGGAGAGAAGGAGCUAGGCCUCCGAACCCAGGCGCUGGAGAUGAACAAACGCAAGGCAAUGGAUGCAGCCCAGCUUGCAGAUGAUCUCAAAGCACAAUUAGAGCUGGCUCAGAAGAAGCUCCAUGACUUUCAGGAUGAGAUUGUGGAGAACAGUGUGACUAAAGAGAAGGAUAUGUUCAACUUCAAACGGGCUCAGGAGGACAUCUCCAGGUUGCGUAGGAAGUUGGAGACCACAAAGAAACCCGAUAUGGUGCCCAACUGUGAUGAGAUCUUGAUGGAGGAGAUCAAGGAUUACAAGGCGCGUCUGACCUGUCCGUGCUGCAACAUGCGUAAGAAGGAUGCUGUGCUCACCAAGUGCUUUCACGUCUUCUGCUUUGAGUGUGUGAAGACGCGCUACGACACCCGGCAGCGCAAGUGCCCCAAGUGUAAUGCUGCCUUUGGUGCCAACGACUUCCAUCGGAUCUACAUCGGCUGAGUCUCGCCACGGAGAGACAGAGGCACCUCUUCCGCCGACCACCCAGCCCCUUUCUCUGAUUGUCUGUCUGUCACCAGCACGGCAGUCACUGCUUCUCCACCAACCCACGUUCUCUUCCAGAACAAGUGACCCUGGGUUAGGGAGUGGGGAGAGGCAGGUUUUGGAUCUCUGCUCAUCUUCUCUUCCUUUCUGCCUUUCCCUUUAAUCUUGAUGGGACUUCCACCCCACAGUGGUCAUUCCCACUCACCCCCUCCACACUGCUGAGUCGGGGUUGCUGCUGUGGAGUAAUAAAGCCUAACUCAACCCUAACCCCAGGUGUGAUGGGAAUUGCCCAUGGCAGAAUAGAGAUGAGUCUGAGGCCUUGAAAUAGCCUUGGGUAUUAAAUGGAUGAUGUUAGGGUAAAUUUUUGUUUUCUAUUAAAACCUUUUCCCCUGCUUACAACAAACCCCUUGGAAGGUGGGAAAUUUGUGUCCUUCCUAGAAAUGUCCCUCUCGGUGUGUUUGUGUGCUGGUGAUUGUUUUUGUAGGGGUGCUUGUGAGGGCUGGGCAGCAUACCUAGCUUUUUCAUUCUUGUAGGCUUGUUCAGCGUGAAUAGCCUACCAGUUAAAGGCCCUAAGGCAGGAGGGAACUUAAGCACAGGGGUGGCUCCAGGUACCAGCGCAGCAAGCACGUGCCUGGGGCAGCAAGCCACAGGGGGCAGCCUGCCGGUCACUGUGAGGGCGGCAGUCAGGCUGCCUUUGGUGACAUGCCUGCAGGAGG